AUGAUGAUCCACGCAUGGGACUCGUACGUCCAAUACGCCAGCCCGGACGACGAGUUGCGGCCCGUCAGCGCCCGCGGGUUCAACUGGAGCACGACAUCCCUGCUCGCGACACCCGUAGACUCGCUUGACACGCUGCGGCUAAUGGGCCUCGAGAGCCGGUAUCAAUCUGCCAAAAUACUCGUCCUGAAGGAGCUGAAGAUCGACGCGGACAUCGGCGUCAGCGUAUUCGAGACAAACAUCCGUAUCCUGGGCGGGUUGCUCAGCGCGUGGGAGUUUGAUGACGAUCCGCGGUUGCUGGAUCUGGCGGAACGGUUGGCGGUGCGGUUGAUUCGGGCGUUGGAUACUCCAUCGGGAAUGCCGGACAGGACCAUCAACCUCAACUCCGGUGGAGCCGAAGGGCCGCCGGCGACGCUGGCGGAGUAUGGGAGCUUACAGUUGGAGUUGCAGUAUCUGGCGGAUGUGACUGGAAAGCCACAUUAUGCGAAGAAGGUGCGUAUGGUGAUAUACGAGAUCAUCCAAGCGAACACCACAGUCAAGGGACUAUAUCCGAAAGGAAGGCACUGCUCUCACACCCAUUUAUCACUGAUAGAGCGCGGGAAGGAAACCUUCGGUAUCGGUCCGAAUGCCGACUCAUUCUAUGAGUAUCUGCUCAAGAUCUGGAUGGCGACUGGAGAUGCAAAGUUCCGGACCAUGUAUGACGAGUCUGCUGAGGCCAUCAACAAAUAUCUGGUGCACCAUCGGAACGGGCGCACGUACGUCCCGGACGCUGACCUGCGUCACGAUACCAACACGGUGGCAAAACAUACCACCUCGCAUCAUCUGGCGUGUUUCGCCGGCGGCAUGUUUGCAACGGGGGCCCUGACGCGACGAGAAGAUAACUGGGAGCAGUUCUUCCAGCUCGGGAAGCAGAUCACUCAGACGUGCUGGGAGGGGUACGAGAAGACGGCGACGGGGUUAGGGCCCGAACAGGUCGGCACGGCGUUCAAUACUGACAGCGAUGGGCGGUAUAUGCUGCGCCCCGAAACAAUCGAAUCAGUCUUUUACAUGUGGCGCCUCACCCGCGAGCCCAUCUACCGCUCCAUGGGCCGAGUCUUCCUCACCUCCCUCAACAAGCACUGCCGCACCGACACCGGUUUCUCCGGCCUGCGGAGCGUAAGCACCCUCCCCGCCUCGCUCGACGACGUGCAACCCAGCUUCUUCCUUGCCGAGACGCUGAAAUACCUGUAUCUGCUCUUUGCGGACGACGAUACGAUCCCGUUGGAGGCGUAUGUGUUUAAUACUGAGGCGCAUCCGUUGAGUGUUAGGGGGUGGGGGAGGAGGAGGGGGAUACCGAGGGGGGAUGUGGAUUUGGGGGUGGGAAGGAGCGCGGGGGAGGAGCUUUGA